AUGCUUACCGAUCUGGAAAGUGCCAUGGAUUCACUCAUCGAGGUCUACCAUAAUUACUCCUUGGUGAAGGGGAAUUACCACGCCCUCUACAAGGAUGAUUUGAAGAAACUCUUAGAGACCGAAGGUCCCAACUAUUUGAAGAAAAAGGAUGCUGACACCUGGUUCAAAGAGUUGGAUAUCAACAGUGAUAAAGCAAUUAACUUCGAAGAGUUCCUCAUACUGGUGAUAAAGCUAGGAGUAAUAGCGCAUGAAGAUAGCCACAAAGAGUAG